AUGAAAGAGGCUAAUCCAUCGUUUUUGCCUCUAGCAUCUGUUCUUCAGGAUGACACACCUUCGCUACCCGACGCUUCCAAACUCAUCGAUGGUGACACUGAAGAAUUCAUUCGGGUAACAAAAACAACACAACCAGCCGUCAUUGCCGAUGUCAUAAAGCAACGUUCCCCGAGUGUGAUUGCAGCACUAAAAUUGACCAUCAAAGAUGAAAUAGCCGCAGCUUGUCAAACGUUAUGCCGACGCUCCGAUGGCUCGGUUUUAUAUAGCAACAGCAACAGCUUCGAGACUUUGAAGGGAUUUGAUUUUGAUCGCGUUUGGACAGAAAUGAAAAGUAUUGUGCCUUUUUUCAUAGAGAUCAUGAAUGCCGUGUCUGGAAAGAACUUAGGAAUGGAAAACACAGAGCUUGAUGUGCGUGUCAAGUUCUGCUUUCUCUACUCGGUUGUUAUGAACGAAAGAUGGCAUGAGCUGAGUCUGUUGAAACGCUUUUUUUUAAGAAAAAAAUUUUCAUAGCCCACCCCCCCUCCCCCCCGUACUUUAUGACUGGUCCCCAGGCCCGUAGCAGGGGGAGGGGCAGGGGGGGCUCGAGCCCCCCCAGAAAUUUUCAGACUUGAAUUAAAUUCUGCUACAAAAGUGGAAUUUUUCUACUAAAAUGGACAGCUGUCAAUGGAAGCUAAAGUUUCAAAGUAUUGUUGAUCAUAGUAAGAUUAUGUACUGUUGUUCUUCUGUGCAAUUUGGAAUUGUGUAAAUGAACGAAAUCGUAUUUUUGCUCUGCCAACCAAUGCCUUUAGUGAAAGAUCGUUUUCAGCUUUAAAGCGGGUGAAGACGUAUUUGCGCUCAACAACGGGAGACUCUACACUGAACCACCUCAUGAUGUUGCAUGUUCACAAGGACAGAACAGAUGCUCUGACCCUUCACUUGUAGACGUAGCUAAUGACUUCGUUGGGGAGAAAGAAAACCGACAGUAAUUGUUUGGCAAAUUUUCCGCGAACGAUAUCCCAAAAAAGUUCUCUAUUUCGUCAAAGUCAACACAAAAGGAAAAUUAGAGACAAGAACAAAAGGUAUUAUAGACAAAUGUAGUGAUCUGACAUGUACCAAGAAGUAUGCUUUAACCGAGGGGCCGAAGCGGGGGGGGGUGAGUUAAUGUGGGCCUCUCGCUCAGCCCCCCCGGUCAUUUUGUGCUUGCUACGGGCCUGGUCCCUUAACACAAUAGUUACCAAGAAGGUUUGUACUGUUUUUGUGUAGUUGUACAGGUUCAAGUGGAGGUCUUGCUCUUUGCUACCCAAUUUUGAAAGACGGCACAAUUUUUGAGACUUUGUAAACAUCCAGAAUGAAAACCCAAAACACACACCAAUUGUAUUAUUUGUGUAAAAACAGAAAGCAUGAAAUUCUUUAUCUAGAAUGUUUAUAAUUCUGUUUUAUGGAAGAUGUGAGACGAAAGCACACUUACCACAUUUUAAGUAGAUAUAAGCUUAUUAUGUUUGAGUUUGAUUUUUCAAUCUUACAAGCUCAUCAAGUAUUGCAGCCGUUACUACUGGCAUGCACUCACUACCCUGCCAGCACCUCCCAUUCAAUCGAAUGCACUCCCCUGAUUUCCAAUUAUUAUUACUAGUUUACAUAAAUUACUGAUCUAUUUAAUACGUACAUUACCUGUGACAUUUCUUAUAUUUUAUUCAAAUCCACACUUCCUUGAAUAUUAAAGUAGAGGAAAAUAAGAACCUGAUGGAUGGAGUUCUGACAAGAUCAUAAAAUUUCAAACCAGUGCCGUGCAUUUUGUUAUGUGUUGCAUGAAGUUCAACGGUAAUUUGUUGCGUUGUACUUGAUUUGAUUUUAUGUGUCAGUGUAAGCUUUAAAGAUGCUAGACGUGUAUGUGAAGAUGGUUUUGUCUCUGUGUGGGAUUACCUUGUUUGUAACAUUUAAGUCUUUAGUCAUUCUAAUGAACUUCAAUGCCCAUUUCUAUGCAGCUUCAAGAACGAUUGAACAGACUUGGUGUUUGUCUAUCCCAUGGCAGACGAAAUGGUUUGCUU